AUGAGUACCAAAGUUAAACAACUUUUCCGCCACUUACGUCGUGCAGACCACGCCUUUUGGGUUAUGGCUUGUCCUUUCUCUGUUAACCCGAAAUACGCUUCUGAUGGUUUUCAGAAGCUAUUUCACUGUGCUUUCCGAUCUAAAGAUGGGCAGACUUUGGAUAAAGAUGACGUUAAGAUUUUUCAUACGCCUUUUACUUGUGCCGUUCUUCCUGAUUUCCUUGACACCAAAUAUCUCGAUGAUUUGGAAGCUGAAGCUCUCAACUUUACUCUUAAUCGUCAGCUAAAUGAUCUGUUUUCUCUUAAUCAAAGUAACGAUUUGCUAUCCUGUAAGGAUGUGAAGCUUGCUAAUAAGUUUCCACUGUUGACUCAAAUAAGAGAGUUCUUUGCUACUGACAUGUUGAAUUGGAUGAGGAACGUCACUGGCACAGAUCUUGAUGAAGGAAUUGUAAAUUCCACAAUUUCUCGAUAUGAUAAAAACGAUUAUCUCCUCUGCCACGAUGAUGAACUUGAACGCAGACGAAUCGCAUUUAUCAUCUAUUUGGUUCCCAAAGAUUGGGAUAUUGAAAAGGAUGGGGGUUCUCUCGAUUUAUAUGAAUGUGGACCCACCCCCGAUUGUAAUGUAGUUCCUCCAGAUUCAGGAGAUUAUCACCCUUGGAAAAUUGUCAAGUCCCUUUCACCUUCCCGAAAUUGUUUGGCCUUUUUCGAAGUCUGCUCAAAAUCCUUCCAUCAGGUGGCCGAAGUGAUCGGUGACAGGUCUCGUCUCUCACUUCAUGGAUGGUUCAUGAGUGAUCCUCUUCCUCGUGUCCCUCGUUCCUCCGACCCGAUUAAAAUUCCCCGCCUUCCUGCCUGUUUCGUUGAAGAAAAGUUGAUUUUCGACUGGAUCAAUCCCAUGUAUAUCGAUUCGGAUCAACAAGAGGCCAUUCAAGUUCGCUUUGUUGAAACCUCAGAAAUUCAACUUCCCCACUUCUUCCGCAAGGCCAAUUACGAGCUUCUUUGUCAGUCCAUUCAAGGCAUAAAGGAUGAUGUUUGGCUUUUUGAAGGACCGAUGGAUCUUAGAAAUGUAAGUGUGUUGCCUUACACCACCGAAAAGGAAUUGCCUGAGCCUUGUAGAGAAGUUCGUCGCCUCUUGCAUUCUGAAGCUAUGCUGGUAAUUCUCUCUCAACUCACCGGGGUUUCUUUGCAUCCCCUUUUUGCCUCUGUUGAGGAGAAAGAGGAGGAACCUUCGAGUAGUGAGGCUAAACGACCCCGCAUGGAGAAGGAGGAGGUUGAUCAAUCCAUCAAAACUGUAAUUACAAGCCCUAGAUUCCACCGUUGGCGAUCAGGCAUGUACACUCUUCUUGCUGAUGCUGACUCUGGUGUUGUUUCAACUUCCUCCACCUCAAAAGAUGAUGUCGAAAAUGGAAAUAUUUCUAUUUGGCGUCUCGAUUUCUAUUAUCACAUUGGGGGAUAUGGGCACAAGUAUUCCGGUAAAAAGGAUGGAACCAUGGGAUCGAUUUCCAAGUCUGCUAAAGAGGGUAGUAUUUGUGGAAAUGGUGGUCAGUGUUGGCAGGAUGAUUGGAAUGGGGAGAUCGUAUACGUUUCCAGAUCGGACAACGAAGAGCUUCUGCGUGUACGUCCAGAGGACAAUGCCCUAACCCUAGUUUAUUGUGAGGCGAAGGAUACAGCUAAAUUUGUGAGGUAUUUGAAUGCCAAGGCAUCGCCUUUACCCCUACCAAUUAAAGGUGAAGUUGGAUCAUCCACUCCCUAUGCCUAUGAUGUGUCCCUCAGCUACUUCCACCAGUCAGAAACUUUAGAAGGUGUUGAAGAUGACGGAAGUGAAAUUAUCUUGGAGGAAGACGAAGAGGCAACAUUUUCGGAUGCGGUGGAAGAUUUUGAUGAGGAGGAAGAAGUCGAGCUGGGAUAA